AUGAGAAGUUUCACAGCAAGACUCAUCCUAUUUGCCUCGCUAGCAAGGAAUAUUUUGGGAGCUCCGGUAGAACCUGAGAAGAUUCUUGUGAAUCUUGACAUUUCCAAGGACGUGCCAGACCAGAUUGAAUAUCUUCCGCCCAGGGAGGAUAAGGACUGUGAAACCUACAGAAUUAGACAAGACCUCAAGGAGACCCAUCUCAUUGGUAGAGUGAGUGACGGAGAACACAUUAUAAUGGAGGGGGAUUCUACAUGUGUUGACAAAUGCGUCGAUAUUAUAGACCGAUACAAUGUCUACUUGGUGAGGAUUCUGAGUAAAUAUGCAAAUGGAAACGAAUAUUCUUGUCGCAUUGACGAGUUUAGAAGGACAAACGGGGUUCCAAAAUAUGUGCGGCAUUACAGAACACCCGUAAAAUUGGACGUUUUCAAGAGAGAAAGGAAUGAUGUUCCAAACCUGAGGUCUACAAUGGAACCAGGCAUAGAUAGAAAGCCAUUGCAUUCAGAGACAAAAGGACGAAGCGGGAAACCUUUACGCAUAACAUACGCUGCAGACGAUGACCUUAAGGAUCAAUUUGUCUUUGGGACGAUAUACUUUGACGGAAAACUUAUAGUCGAGGAAGAGCGCAGUCUGCUAAACAGGGAAAUCGUUUGGGAUACAAGAUUUAAAGACGUCACAAUAGACGUUUUAUCCUGGUAUAACAAUGGGAUUAAAGUCAAUGCACGGUACGUGCUUGAAGCUGGCAAGGGGUUCAAUCUCGCAUCUGAGGAAAGGACCUCUUUCUGGACUUAG